GGAGUGAACCUAGGGCCCUGUGCAUGCUAUGCAGAUACUCUGCUGGAUAUUGAUGCUUUACUGUUGCUACAUAUGACAGCCAGCAGUUGACUGGCUUCCCUGUGUAAGGAGCAGAUGUCCCUGGUAGAUUUGGGAAAGAAGCUUUUAGAAGCGGCACGAGCAGGCCAAGAUGACGAAGUCCGUAUUUUGAUGGCAAAUGGAGCUCCUUUCACCACAGACUGGCUGGGAACGUCUCCACUGCACCUGGCAGCACAGUAUGGCCACUACUCCACCACAGAGGUGCUGCUCCGAGCCGGCGUGAGCAGGGACGCCAGGACCAAGGUGGACCGGACGCCAUUGCACAUGGCCGCCUCCGAGGGCCACGCCAGCAUUGUGGAGGUCUUGCUUAAGCAUGGUGCUGACGUCAAUGCAAAAGAUAUGUUAAAGAUGACAGCUCUACAUUGGGCUACUGAACACAAUCAUCAAGAAGUGGUGGAACUUCUAAUCAAAUAUGGUGCUGAUGUACACACUCAGAGUAAAUUUUGUAAAACUGCAUUUGAUAUUUCCAUAGACAAUGGAAAUGAAGAUUUAGCAGAGAUAUUACAGAUCGCUAUGCAGAACCAAAUCAACACCAACCCGGAGAGCCCCGACACUGUGACGAUACACGCCGCAACCCCACAGUUCAUCAUUGGACCUGGAGGGGUGGUGAACCUAACAGGUCUGGUAUCUUCAGAAAAUUCAUCCAAGGCAACAGAUGAAACAGGUGUGUCUGCCGUCCAGUUUGGAAACUCCUCUACAUCAGUAUUAGCUACAUUAGCUGCCUUAGCUGAAGCUUCUGCCCCAUUGUCCAAUUCUUCGGAAACUCCAGUAGUGGCCACGGAGGAGGUGGUUACGGCCGAGUCUGUGGAUGGUGCAAUUCAGCAAGUGGUCAGCUCAGGGGGUCAGCAGGUCAUCACCAUAGUUACAGAUGGAAUCCAGCUCAGAAACUUGCACUCUAUUCCAACCAGUGGAAUAGGCCAGCCCAUCAUUGUGACCAUGCCAGAUGGACAGCAAGUGUUAACAGUGCCUGCAACAGAUAUCGCUGAAGAAACUGUUAUAAGCGAAGAGCCGCCGGCUAAGAGACAAUGUAUUGAAAUAAUUGAAAACCGGGUGGAAUCUGCAGAAAUAGAAGAGAGAGAAGCUCUUCAGAAACAGUUGGAUGAAGCGAAUCGAGAAGCUCAGAAAUACCGACAGCAACUACUUAAGAAAGAGCAGGAAGCAGAGGCCUACAGACAGAAGCUAGAAGCUAUGACACGUCUUCAGACUAACAAAGAAGCUGUCUGAUCAAAAUGGACAAGUAAUUUGAUUUUACUCUUGGUCAAGAAAGAAUGCAGCUCGAACUG